AACCAGGGCCAACUCUGGCCCCUAGACUUCUUAAUUUAGAUUCCCCUACUCUGCCUCUUCAUUUCUUUGUUUUCUUUCCCUUUCCAAAUUCUUCCCCAAUCAAUAAUGUCACACCCCGAAUCUCAGGAAUCCACAAAAUCUUCUCCCUUUCUAAAUUCCACAGCAAAACGCCAUAAAACCCCUCUCUCUCUCUCUCUCUCUCUCUCUCUCGGGAAUCCGCAAAAUCUUCUCCCUUUCUAAAUUCCACAACAAAACGCCUUAACCCCUCUCUCUGUCCACAGUAAAAAUAAAUAAAUAAAAUCUCUUCCAGCCAAGGAGAAUCGAUUCAAUUCUGAUGAUUACAACAACUCAAAAACUCCUGUUUUUCAGUAUAUGUAUUCUCCCUUCAAUUUUCGCUCACCACCCAACCAACUGCAAGCGUUCAUGCGGACGGGGCCAGCUGAAAACCGUCCCGUUCCCGUUCGGAUUCUCCUCCGGCUGCCCAAUCCAACUCAACUGCACACAAAACGGCACCGUUUCCAUCGACCGAUUCGCCGUCCAAUCAUUCACUCCCGACACCGUUCUGAUCAAUCUCCCGGCCCAAUGCGGCCGCCCAAUCGAAACCCUCCGCCACCUCUUCAGCCGCCACUACGCCCCCACUUCCCAAAACGGUAUCCUCCUCGAGAACUGCAGCAAACCCAUAAAAACGUGCGAGAUUCCUGACACAACUGUCCAGACCCACUUCGAGUUACUCGAGUGCGGGCCCAAGGGAAACAACAGCAGCAGCAGCAGCAGCAGCAACAACAACGUGAGUUGUUACUCGGAGGAAAAUAAGAGGACGGAGUUUAUUGAGUACUCGGGGGUGAUGAGGAGUGGGUGUGAGUCGCUGUUUUCGGCUAUAUCGGCGGUUAAGACGUUGGCGGGGAGUGGUUUGCCGGCGGUGACGUCGUUGGAGGUUGAGGUGGUGCAGUUGGGGUGGUGGUUAGAGGGUGGUUGUGAGUGUUCGGAGAAUGCGAAUUGUACGAGACUUUUGUCGCCGGUGGAUGGGCGGAGGCGGUAUCGGUGCCGGUGCGGAGAUGGGUUCGUCGGCGAUGGGUAUAGGGCGGGGUUGGGCUGCAGGAAAGCUUCUUUAACAUGCAACCCUGCAAAAUACAUGUCCGCCCAAUGCGGUGGUACAACAAGAGUUGGUGCCUUAGUUGGAGGUAUUGUUGCAGGAGCUUGUUUAAUGAUCAGUGUGGCUCUGACAUGUUGUUUUAUACGAAGGCGCUCCAAUCUAAAGCACACAAAGAAAGUGAACCGCCGGUUAUGUGAAGCUACAGGGAUGACCAUCCCCAUUUAUCCCUACAGAGAAAUGGAGAGAGCCACAGAUUACUUCUCAGACAAACAACGCCUAGGAACCGGGGCUUAUGGAACAGUCUAUGCGGGAAAACUCAAUAAAGAUGAAUGGGUUGCCAUUAAAAGGAUUAGACAUAGAGACACCGAAAGCAUAGAGCAAGUCAUGAAUGAGAUCAGACUCCUGUCUUCUGUGAGCCACCCGAAUCUCGUACGCCUCUUAGGUUGUUGCGUAGAGAAAGGGGAACAAAUCCUCGUUUACGAGUUCAUGCCAAAUGGAACCGUAUCUCAGCAUAUACAUCGGCAAACGAAAGAAGGACUUACUUGGCCAGUUCGCCUCGCUAUUGCUACAGAAACAGCUCAAGCCAUAGCCUUUCUUCAUUCUUCGAUAAGCCCUCCCAUAUACCAUAGGGACAUCAAGUCAAGCAACAUACUUUUGGACUACAACUUCAAGUCCAAAGUAGCGGAUUUUGGGCUUUCUAGGCUUGGUCUCACCGAAACAUCUCAUAUUUCCACCGCCCCACAAGGGACUCCCGGCUACCUGGAUCCUCAGUACCAUCAGAACUUCCAACUUUCCGACAAAAGCGAUGUUUAUAGCUUCGGAGUUGUGCUUGUGGAGAUCAUAACGGCACUAAAAGUGGUGGACUUUUCUCGACCCCAGAAUGAGGUGAACUUGGCUUCUCUGGCUAUGGACAGAAUUGUGAAGGGGCGGUUAGACGAGAUAAUUGAUCCAUUAAUCAAGGCAGAGUCGGAUUCGUGGACCCUUUCAUCAGUACAUCAAGUUUCUGAGCUGGCAUUUAGAUGCCUUUUGUAUGAUAGAGACAUGAGGCCUUCGAUGAACGAAGUAGCGCUUGUUCUGGAGCAUAUUAGGCUCAGUGGAUGUGCCUCAGUAGAAGAUAAUACACCGGCUUUAUAUAAGACAUCCACUUGUUCAUCGUCAUCUAAUUUGAGCGAAAAUACACUCGGUGUGACAUUUAAGAAGCCAGAAUUGGAUCCUAGAGGUCUAUUUGUUACAGAGGCUGGGGCUAUCAAUAGCAUCAGUACAGCGGAUUUUUCGCCUAUUUCAGUGCAGGACCCUUGGUUAAGCGAGCAAAGCUCGCCUUCAUCGAAUAGUCUGCUCCAUAAUAUGGUCCAAUGAUCUUAUGCUGAUAUUUUUUUGGAUUAUUUGCAUUUUUGCAUCAUUUGGAUUGAAUUUCGAAUGUACAUUUGCUUUACACAGGGUAAAAACUGAGCGUCUUAUUUUUUUGGUUUACAGAUUAAGGUAAGUUCGUUCCCAUGUUUUCCAACAAUAGCUUCUCUUAUUGAUGGGGGAUUCAUGAAUCA